UCGUCCGUGUCGUUCUCCUUCUUUUCCAAGCGUGGUCGUGUGUCUGUGUAUCGGCGCAGCAGCUUGUCCGUCGACGGCGGCGGCGGUUUCCAUCACGUUUUAUGCUCAACGGCCGCUAGUCGUACUGCAGACUCGACGAGAGUAACACUUAUAACGUGAAACGACAAGAAAAUUUGCAAAAAAAAAAAAAAUACAAAAAAGGAAAAAAUUGAAUUCUACAGUUGUUGAAAGUUUGUUGUCUGUGUAAACCGAAAAAGAGAUGUUAACGUGAAGCAAUGAGGAUCGAGUGAAGCACAUAGUGAAGAAGUGUUUGGAAGGUUAACAAAAAGAGUUACGGCAAGAGAGAAAAAAAAACUACAAAAAGGGCGAUCCUAUUGAUGCGCGUGCAGUAAAAUGGCCUCAUCUCCCACGCCAUCGCUAGAAUCGUUACCCGGUGCGUCAAACUCGAUCGGAUCGUACGGUGAACCAGCGGAUUACCUGUCGGACUCCCCGUUGACUACGCUAAGCGGUUCCGGAACCGGUUCCUCGCCCCCGGCCAGUGAUUCCGCGAUCUGCGACGACUACGUGACUGCGUCGAGCCUCGAGUCGGCCCAGUCGAACAGCUCAGAGUCGCUGUUCCCGCGCUGUACCGGCUGCAAGAGCAAGCAGUCGGAUGCGGUGGCCAAGUGUAUCGACUGUGUGAACUUUCUGUGUGCCAACUGCGUUACGGCGCACCAGUUUAUGCACUGCUUUGACGGACAUUCGGUGUUUCGUAUUGGGAAUUCGUCGGGCUCGAGCACGGGGUCAACGACCUGUACAACGACUACGCUGGCCAACGGCGGUGGACUGGGUGGGUUAGACGGAAGCCUGCUGGCGAACAACAUUCUGAACAGCAGCAAGAUGAUGAACGGCUUCGAGCCACACCGGUUGACCUCGCUGAACCUGACCAUCAAGGACGACACCAGCAGUCUGGUGAAAUCGAUCAUGAACAAUGUGAUAACGCCACCGACCUCGAACGGGACGGGCGGAGCCAUCACCACCGUGAACCAGCUCAACAGCCAGCUGUCGGCGCUGAACGUGCACGGUGUCGGUGAGAUGAACGGCCAGAACAAACCCAACUACUUCUGCAAGCGACACACCAACGAACUGCUCAAGUUCUUCUGCCGGACUUGCAGCGUCCCGGUGUGCAAGGACUGCAUGCUGAUGGAGCACCCGAACGGAGUGCACGAGUGCGAACACAACCCCGAUACGACGCCCAAACAGAUCGAAAGUCUGCUCCACACCGUGAGUGAAGUGCGCGCCAAGGCCACCGAGCUCCGCACCCUCAUCAAGAACGUCGAACACAACACGCAGCGAAUCCAGGUGCAAUACCACAAGGCCCAGAACGAAAUCACCGACACGCAUCAGUUCUACCGCUCGAUGCUGGACGAGCGCAAGGCGGAACUGCUCAAGGAGCUCGAGAGCUUCUACAACACCAAGAACAUGUCCCAGUCGGUGCUGCUGACCAAGAGCCAAGAUCAGGUCGACAAGGUGCUGCAGAGCUGCGAGUUCGUCGAGCGUCUCAGCAAGUGCGCCGGCCUCGCCGAAACGAUCAUGCUGCGGAAGUUCAUGGAGAACAAGCUGCUGCUGUUCCCGGCGAUCACGCAAGAUCUGCAGUCCCAGUACGAGCUGGACUUUGUGUCCAACUACCAGGCGAUCCAGGUAGGCGUCCGGAACACGUUCGGCUACAUCCGGUCGACCUCGGACGUGACCUCGACCACGAAGCAACCACCGAUCGCACGACCAACAUCCACCAACCAGCAAAAUGGUGGUGUAAUUGGCUCCAACAACCUCAUCAUGACCAACGGAAACAGCCCGUCCAGCAGCACCGGAAGCCUGAACUUGAUCCAGCAGAACCCAAUCCACCACGGAGGCAACGGCCACCUCAUUGACCGGCCCUACUCGAACGGAAACUCCGGCAACAACGGCAUGAGCAUGUCCACCUCCCCCUCCCAGACCAACGGCAUGGGCGGUGGCCUCUCAGCGUUCGACUCGAACAUCAUCUCGAAGCGCUUCAACAGCGCCAACAGCCUGGGACCGUACGUGGGCGAAGUGCAACCGCUGCAGCAGCUCAACCCGUACGAAAAGUGGAGCAACGGCGGAGGCAACGACAUCUUCAACAACAUCAACGACCAGUACACCAUUCCGCUGAAUCACAUCCCCGCGCAGGAGUCGAUGAUCGAUCUCAGCUCGAAACUGAUGAACACCAACAUUUUCCCACCGAAGUCACAGAUCAAGCGACAGAAGAUGAUCUACCACUGCAAGUUUGGCGAGUUUGGCGUGAUGGAGGGCCAGUUCACGGAACCGAGCGGCGUCGCCGUCAACGCCCAGAACGACAUCAUCGUGGCGGACACCAACAACCACCGGAUCCAGAUCUUCGACAAGGAGGGUCGCUUCAAGUUCCAGUUUGGCGAGUGCGGCAAACGGGACGGCCAGCUCCUCUACCCCAACCGGGUCGCUGUGGUACGAACGUCCGGAGACAUCAUCGUGACGGAACGAUCGCCCACGCACCAAAUCCAGAUCUACAACCAGUACGGCCAGUUUGUGCGCAAGUUCGGCGCUAACAUCCUGCAGCACCCGCGCGGCGUCACCGUCGACAGCAAGGGCCGCAUCGUCGUCGUAGAGUGCAAAGUGAUGCGCGUCAUCAUCUUCGACCAGUCCGGCAACGUGCUGCAAAAGUUCGGCUGCAGCAAACACCUCGAGUUCCCCAACGGCGUCGUCGUCAACGACAAGCAGGAAAUCUUCAUCUCCGACAACCGGGCGCACUGCGUCAAGGUGUUCAACUACGAGGGCCAGUUCCUGCGGCAAAUCGGCGGCGAGGGCAUCACCAACUACCCGAUCGGCGUCGGCAUCAACGCCAGCGGCGAGAUCCUGAUCGCCGACAACCACAACAACUUCAACCUGACCAUCUUCACCCAGGACGGCCAGCUCGUGUCCGCGCUCGAAAGCAAGGUCAAGCACGCCCAGUGCUUCGACGUGGCCCUCAUGGACGACGGCAGCGUCGUGCUGGCCAGCAAGGACUACCGGCUGUACAUCUACCGGUACGUGCAAGUACCGCCGAUCGGCUUGUAAAGGGAUGAGAACCUGCGUGCCAGCGAGGACGCAGCAGCAAACGGCCGUGGGCCGCCGCCGCGACGCCAUCCGGCCGCGACCCGGCCACGAAGAACCAUGACGAAGCGAAGCGAUUGAACACAGAAGAAGCGACCACCCCAAACCACACUCUAAGCCGUCGCCAUCUCGGCGCAGUGUGCGUGCGUUCCCCUAAACGGGUGUGCGUGCGCUCAGAUUACGGGACGCGCGCGCAAAGGAAAUCUCAAUUCGAAAACACAGCUCUCGGACAAAAAGUAGCCGCACCAAGGCCGACGAACUGCACAGCUGAACCGGAAGAACACGGUGUCGACCCCCGUCGGAUCGAAGGAGGUUACGUUAUCAACGGGCAGCUGUUUUACCCGCGUCGUAGUAGGCACGCCGAACUGGGCAACGAGAACACGCUCAAGACUCUGUCAUGGCCGACUUGGACGCAGCAACGCAGCAGCGCAAGAGUCAACCAACUGACGACGACGACGCCGACCAAACUGUCAAAAACGGGGACGACACGCACACACGAACGUUGCGCGCAAUUGUUUUAUUUUCUUGUCUGUGUUCAAACGUCAACGCAACGGACUGACAGUGUGACAGAACGGGAGAGAACGAAAAAUGAGAACGAGAGAGGAUGUAGGAAAAGCGGUUUUUAUACACAUAUUAUUCUUACAGUGCAGUAUUACUGAUUUUUUUUUUGUUUUGUUUGUUUAACGUGUAAGGCCGUGUAAGAGGAGGAACGUUUUUCUUCCAGUUUUUUUUGUCUUUAUUGUGUAUUGUAUAGAAACUAUUUCUCUCGUAUUUUUGUCAGUCGCGUGCUUUAGCUUUUUACAACACUAUUAUUAUUUGUAUGUUUGUUUUACUAUAAUGACUACUGCAAAACGACACGAUAUCAGCGCUAUUUGUAGAAAGUAUCUCGUUACACGUGUAAGGACAAGUCGUCAUGUUUGUGUGUGUUUUUUGCUACAAUUACUCACUUUUACCUUAGCCGAUAGUCGCCUCUUUUUAGUUAUCUCAUUUUUUAUUAUUGUAUUUUUAUAUAUAAACUAUUAUUAUUUUGAUAUAUUAUUAUUGCAUUUAGAAACGACACCUUUUUAAAUUAAUAUUAUACACCUUUGUUGGUUAUGUUGAUUUUUGUUUUGUUAAAUUAUUACACUUAAGUUUUUGAGUUUAACGAGUGUUUUGAGAAACCAGACUUGUAACACGAAUGCAACAACACCAACAAACAAACAAAAGAGCGACUGCCGCGACAAAUACAACAUCACGAACGCGCACGCUCGCAGGAAAACAAGAAAAAACAAA